GCGGAGCCCGCCAGUGUGCCUCCAGCCGCCGCGGCGACCGCUCCACCCGCCCCCGCGCCCCGCGCCCCGCGCCUCCACGGCCCGGCCAGUGACAGUGCAGUGCAGUGAAGUGUAGUGAUAUUGUCCGAGGACGCGACGUAAGUGCACGUUUGUAUAUCACACCCGUUGUUAAAGCCGCCGCCGACAUCAUUUUUUAAGGCUCGACGCUGUAAUAAACGUCACCGCGAGAUUAAGAUAGCGAUGGAGGCUGCGCGAUAGCGAGCGGCGUCAGUGUGUGUGUCGGAGUGUCGGUGUGUGUCAGUGUGUGUGUGUGAGUGACAUGUGCAGAGCACGGGCCCGGCGGCCGCGCGCGCGCCGGUAGUGUGGCGGCGACAGUGCGGCGCGAGAGUGGCAUGUGCGGUGCAGGGCACUGAGUGCACAAUGGGUUGUCAGCUGGGCAAGCUGGCGGCGUCGGCGGCGGCGCCCGUGGAGGCGGCGGCCCCGCCCCCCUGCGACCCGCGCCUGCCCCUCACGGCGCGGCAGAAGUACUCCAUGCUGGCCAGCUGGAAGGGCAUCGCGCGCGCCAUGGAGAACACCGGCAUCUGCAUGUUCAUCAAACUGUUCGAGGAGAACGGGGAGCUGCUGGACAUGUUCGCGAAGUUCCGCCAGUGCCGCACGCGGGAGGCGCAGGCCGCCAGUGCCGAGCUGGCGGAGCACGCCCACAGUGUCAUGAGCACGCUGGACGAGGGCAUCAAGACGCUGGACGACCUCGACUCCUUCUUCCACUUCAUCCACCAGGUCGGCGCCAGCCACCGCCGCAUCCCCGGCUUCAAGGUCGAAUACUUCUGGAAAAUCGAGGCUCCGUUCCUGGCGGCGGUGGAGGCGACGCUCGGCGACCGCUACACGCCCAACGUGGAGAGCAUCUACAAGAUCACCAUCAAGUUCAUCCUGCAGACGCUGGUGGAGGGCUACGAGCAGGCGCCGCCCGCCGCCGCCGCCACGUAGAGCCGUGACGUCACGCGGGCGAGCCGUGGCGUCUCGCGGGAUCCAGGCAGGAGCCGCCAGCACGUCCACCGUAUGACGCGUGCUGGCGUGUGAUGACGUCACACGGCUCCACUGAGAGCUUCGCGCAAGCUCUCGCGCUGUGAAGCUCGUGUCAAUUCAACAACCAAUUAAUUUGAAAAGUGAAAGAAUAGACUUUUAUAAUGUAUUUACAUAUUACGUAUUAUGUAAAAUAAGUACUUGAGUAAGAAUUAUUAUGAAUGUUUAGCGAGUACGACUUACUUAUUUUGUAAAACUGUAUUUCGUGCCGACACAAAUGUUCCGUGUUCGAAACUUGAUGUUCUGUUUGAGUAUGUCAAUAAUUUAUUACGCGACGUUAGUUAAAUUAUCAAAAUUCUGAGAUUUAAAGUUUUGAGGUGUACUAUAAAAUUAUACUUAAUUGUCGCUUGAUAGGUACCUAUACGUGGUAUUUUAGUUUUAAGGGAUAACUUAGUUAGUCAUUGUGUAAUAUUGUGGUACCUACGUUGUUGUCCGGGGUGCGGCCGUCAGCGCACCUCCCUCACUCUUGCUACUCGUAGAGCUGUCCCUACCUGUGAGGCCCCCUCGACCCCCCGACCCCCGCGUCCCCCGCGCCCCCGCUGCUCCGGCACGGGCUCGCUCAAGCGCCGCCUGUCGCCUGCAGCGGCUCCAAGUCAACAAUUCAAUCAUUCUGUAAAUUGUUUGCCGGUUGCGUGAGCUUGAUUUUACAUCUCAGGUGAUUCAGAAUAUUUUUCCAAGUCUAGAAAUGAAACAACGCCGGUAAACGUGCAAUAUUAUCUAAUUCACAUUGUAUAAUCGCAUUUAACAAUACAACAUUAGUUUUUUAACCGUGCUGUUGUAACCUACUUUAUGGGGUAACGUUACGAGUAUUUAGUCAUAUUUCAUCGCGGAGUCUGUAGCGUAAAGCGCAACCUAUAAUUUAUAUUCAUGGAGCUAUCGCAAGUAAAUUAGAAAACCCUUUUAUACUCCGGCACAAAUGCCUACCUACUACAGUAUACUGAACUGAAGUUGAAGCGACGACCCUCGCGCGGAUAAUCCCCGCCGACACAGAACUCGCAUUCCGAGCGACUCCCGUCCACCCUGAGUAGGUGCAGGGCUGCCGACUCACCGACAGACCAUGACUUCUCCUCACUGUUGGAACAGGGUAAUCUAAUACCGAAAAUAGUAUGUCGCUGAGGCAGAUAAUUCGUUAUAAUUUAGUACGGAAAAAAACAUGAAACCAAAAAACAGUGUUUCAAAUGGCACAAUGUUACAAAAAGUUAUACCUACUAUCUCGCACAAAUUUACACAAUCUCGCACAAAUUUGUAUAACAUGCACAAUGUCAAUGGGUACAGCGGCAGGCUCUCACACAUUUCUAACUUUAUGGGGGCGUCCCCGAUGGGCCCUCGGGGACGCUUACUCUAUGUAAAGUAUUAGCAGAUUUUUAACAUAUUUUAUUUUGCUGCAUAUUGUUUUUGUAUUGAUUAUGAUGGCAGACGUGACCCGUGUAGGCUUACACGUGCGAGUGUGCAGGCGUGCAGGUGUGUAGGUCAGUGUGCAGGCGUGCAGCUUGCUCGCGUGCCGGUGUGCAAGUCUCAGUGUGUGUAUGUCGGGCGGGUGUCUCACUCAGCCUAACUCACAUUGUCACAUCUCCUGACUGUCUGAGUAUCCAAUAUAAUUAUGCAAACUAGGUGUUUAUACGUGAUGAAAAAUAUAGUAGUACUUCUCAAUCAUAAUUUUAAAAUAUUCAUAGGUACGUUAAUAAAGCGCAAAUUCGUAUUUUUUUGUAUUGAGUGUUGGUAAUUUUGAUUGUGAAGUUUAUCUCGGGCUGGUCCCAUUAUUAAUGUCGUUGUUUAUUAUAGUAUUCACUACUGAUUGUUUUAUUUAUUUAAAUUUAAGUCAUAAGGUUUAGUUAAGAAGUUUCUUGCGUCUUCCUAAAUUUUCAUUUGUACCUAUGCAAGUUCUAAAACCGUUUUUGUUGAGUUUCUAGAGUGUUUAUAAAACUAAUAAAGAUUUUAUUGUGUUUUCAUACCAGUCACUAGUGUUACUGUAAACAGAUAAUAUAUAUUACUAGACAUAUUUUUGUGGAAUGUAUUUCGAAGGUGUUCGUACAACGUAGUCGACUAUCACUGACUAAGCUGAACCAAAACUUAUUAGUAAGUAAGUACUUUUAUAUCCGUGCAAUAUUAUAGGUACCUACUAUUUAUAUAGGUCUUUUACUGAAACUUUUUUUUAACAAUUUUUCAUCAUUAUCAUCAGCCACAAGUUGAAUUGAUUGUUGUCGGUAGAUGAUUGUGGAGUGUACGAGAUACUUUGAUAGUAUGUAGAAUCCUACGUACCCUACUUAGUUGUACCUUAUACCAUGUUAUAAUAACCCAGUGUUCUCAAUCUUAUAAUUUUCGAAAAAAAAAACUGUGCUGACACUAGACUACUAGAGAGUGCUUCCGAACCACACGGGGGUUUGGGAUUUCCGAAUCAAUCAAAUAUAGUUAGUUCAAGUACUUAUUUGUAUUAUGCCAUCUGUGGUUUUUAUACAAUAAAAUUUAAAAGUUUCAAGCGUAUAUUUUUUUACUUCGUAUUUCAAAAACAUUCCUCAUCGAAGUGCCGAUGAUUCACAUUCGCGGUUAUUUACAGACUACUCCCAAAUACAUUAACGCUAGAAGUAACCUCUUUUUAAAUUUACACACCGAGAUACGUACUCACUCCACAGUCCACACCAUGAAUUGAGUAGAAAGUGAGAUAUUUGCCUAUAAGUACUAACAUCUGAUUGAUUUAUCUUACUACUGUUUAUAAGGUAGACGAAAGAAGUUUGAUGUAAACUAAAAUGGAAUUAGAAAACCUUCAAUUAAAACUUUUAUUUUGUAUGAAAAAAAUAUGGGAGCACUCUUUUAAAGGCGAUUUCAAAAUAUAAGUAUGUAUCAUGUACCUACCUGAAACCUAUUUUUAAUUCAUACGUGUACUUAAAAUUAAUUAAAUAGAAGCUGAUGGAUGUGUGUAAAAUAGCAUAAUAAAUAAUUAAUUAGCUAAUAUACUUGAUAAGAUUGGUGUAAAGUGUUAUUUUUGUUUCGAAUAAAGAUUAUUUAAAAUUGUAAA